GUGCAAACUGACGUAAGCCUAUUGUUCAAAGACACGCAGGCUAUAAAGCCAGGCGAUAACAAACAACCCUUUCUCUCACUCCCAUCACCAUCAGCUCUCGACACCCUCGAACAUUUCGUUGCUCAGCGCUUCAAAUACUAUCCACCCCUCACCACCCCAACCGAUCCCACAACACACCAGACCGUGACAUGUCUGACUCAUUUGCUACAUUGGCGUUCGAGACUGCUGCCGUCGAAUCAUGCGCCGGAAUCCCCAUUGCCACUCAACCAUCCCCCGUCUCGUUUGAUUCUGCCGACACGUCGGACGUUCCCGUCGACAUGGAGUUCAGCCCCAAUACCGGGGACAGCUACUACUGUGUCAUUGCUUAAGCGGCUGGUACCGCUCAUGUUCUAUCUAUCUCAUGACGAAUAUCGUUUGACUUCACCAGUGCCAUGUACAAGACCUGUACACCCUUCCACUCAUUCUACUUACCAUGGCACUGCACACUCAUUUGUAAACAAUCUCUCUCUUUCGUAUCGCAUCAUCCCUGUACUGUUAGCCACAUUACUUAUGCUGUUGUCUCUUUCGGAUUUUUUUUAUCUCUAUCAAUUAUGUCCUUCCGUAGGGUUCGAUUCGGUUUUCAAUCCAUCU